UCCGAGGCAAACUAAACGCACCAAAAUAUAAGGAAUUGUCCUGGAGUAACGCUGUGAUUCUGUUAUAUGGUAUUUGUUAACACUGAAAAUAACUAUUUGCUUUAUCUCAAGUUACCACGGAUAAUGCGCUGUCGUAGACCUUUGUUCCCGCUGUUGGCUGUCAGUUCUGAAAGUGGGAUUUUAAGAGGUUCUGAUAGCGGCUAACUACAGCCAGCUAACCAGAUCCAGUCUCCGUGAUCCCCGGGUUGGUUUACGAGGUGCUGAUAGUUCUACGAUGGAGCUGAAUCAGUAGUUAGAGCAGCAGGAGGAGUUGAGGCUUCAUCAUAAUCCACUGCUUUAACGCCAUUCAACAGGAACUGUUUUGGAAAAGAGCCCUAAGGUAAAAGAAAGCCAAACCUCCCUAAGCCUUAGGCUCUGCUUUGUAAGACUCAGGAAAUGGCUUUCCUGGACAAUCCAGCAAUUAUCCUGGCCCACAUCAGACAGUCCCAUGUGACCAGUGAUGAUACAGGAAUGUGUGAGAUGGUUUUAAUAGACCAGGAUGUGGAUCUGGAGAAGUGCCAGCUUACUCUGGUAACCAGCGGCAGCUGUGGGUCAUCUGAGUCCACCUCUCUCAGUGAAGAUAGUGGUACCAUGGUGGACAGUCAUACUUGUGACCUCUCUCAGUCCAUGGACAUCACUUCUAGCUGGGACUUUGGCAUCCGCCGACGCUCCAACACAGCACAAAGACUUGAAAGACUCAGAAAAGAACGGCAAAAUCAAAUCAAAUGUAAAAAUGUUCAGUGGAAGGAAAGGACAAGCUCUCAUUCUGCGGAAGAUUUGGGAUCUCUGUUUGAAAAGCGGGACUACAAAGACAGGCCGCGAACAGCUGGGGCCAAAUCCACCUUAUCACUACGGCUGGAACAGUGUCCACAGCAGCUCAACAACCCCUUUAAUGAAUACUCUAAAUUUGAUGGCAAGGGUCACAUAGGUACCACCGCUACCAAGAAGAUAGAUGUCUACCUCUCAAUGCAGAUGACUCAGGAGAAAAUGCAUCCGAUGACAGUGGUCACCAUUGCAAACGCUCGUGUUCACGACCUCAUUGGACUCAUCUGCUGGCAGUACACAAGCGAGGGACGAGAACCCAAACUCAGUGAGAAUGUGGAGGCCUAUUGCCUUCACAUUGCUGAGGAUGAUGGUGAGGUGGAUACUGACUUCCCACCACUUGAUUCCAAUGAGCCAAUCCAUAAGUUUGGCUUUAGCACGCUAGCAUUGGUGGAGAAAUACUCUUCACCUGGCUUGACUUCUAGACAGUCACUGUUUGUCAGAAUAAAUGCUGCUCAUGGUUUCUCUUUAAUUCCUGUGGAUAGUCUGAAGGUAACCAUGAAGGAGAUUCUCCAAAAAGCACUUAAGAAGAGAAAGGGUUCACAGAAAGGGUCAGGGCCCAUGUAUCGUCUGGAGAAGCAGAUGGAGCCGAAUGUUGCAGUUGACCUGGAUUCUACUCUGGAAAGCCAGAACACCCUGGAGUUUUGCCUGGUCAGAGAAAACAGCUCCAGAGGUGAGGAGAGCUCUGAGGAGGACCCUACUAUUGAUAUAACCACAGUCCAAGACAUGUUGAGCAGUCACCACUACAAGUCCUUCAAGAUCAGCUUGAUUCAUAAGCUGCGUUUCACCACAGAUGUCCAGCUAGGCAUUUCAGGUGAAAAAGUGGAAAUCGAUCCUGUCACAAGUCAGAAGUUUUGGAUUCGCCAAAAACCCAUCUCUAUUGACUCGGACCACCUUUGUGCAUGUGACCUUGUUGAGGAGAGAAGUCCCAGUCAUGCCAUUUUUAAGAUUACUUAUCACAGCAACCAUGACUACAAGGCUCUAUACUUUGAGUCUGAUGCUGCUACUGUCAAUGAAAUUGUGCUCAAGGUGAAUUACAUCCUGGAGUCUCGGGCCAGCACCUCCCGGGCAGAUUACUUUGCCCAAAAGCAACGCAAACUUAGCCGCAGGACAAGCUUUAGUUUCCAGAAGGAGAAGAAAACUGGGCAGUAGAUGCACACUACUGAAACCACUCCACUGAGGCUACACAGGUCCAUCGGCCAGACGCCUUUCACUCCUGUACAAAGAGCAUCUUGGAUGUAGUUCAAGAUUUCAGAUGUAGAAUCUGAUAGAAAGUCAAGUUAAAGACUAAAGAUAUGGCAGAAAACAAAAGUUGUGCUUCAGCUGGUGCAGAUUGAAAACCUCUGUAGCCCAAUGAAGGAGCAGAUUUCAUAACUAGAGGGAACUUGCAUGUUGACUUUUGGACAGAUUAGCUGCUGUGCUCUGAUUCUUCACUUGUUGCCUCUGUAUGUGAGUACUGCUCAAGCAAGUUGUUAAAGUUACACGUUGAACAUUAGUUCCACUUCUCUUUUGUUAACAGAUUUGAAUCCUCACCAUUUUAUGUAUUGUAUAUACAAAUUUUAUAAUCAAAAAAUUAAAUAACAUAAAUUUAUAUUAGCCAGUUUGGCUUUUUUUCCACUACUUCCUUGAAUCACCCCCAUUUUGCAGUCAUUUUACUCCUGUCUGUCUAGAACAACAUUGCCUGUUAGGUUUUUCAACUGUACUGUUGUGAAGUGCUGUUCUUCUUAAUUGUGAUGAAUCUUUUCGGUUUGCAAAAUUUCCAUUAACACCCCAAGAUCUGCUUCCAAGAAAUGCGUGUGUGUGUGCAUGUAUGUCUAAAAUUUUAAUUAUUUUGUGAAGAAUCAACAAGUGGGACACAAUCGUGAGGUGGAAUGAAAUUUAUUGGAUAUUUUAAACUUCUUUAACAAAUAUAAAACUGCAAAGUGAAACCAAAAUCGUUUGGCCACAAUGCAAAACGAUAUGUUUGGGAUAAAAGCAACACAGCUCACCCUGAACACACCAUCCCCACUGUCAAACAUGGUGGUGGCAGCAUCAUGGUUUGGGUCUGCUUUUCUUCAGCAGGGACAGGGAAGAUGGUUAAAAUUGAUGGGAAGAUGGAUGGAUGGAGCCAAAUACAGGACCAUUCUGGAAGAAAACCUGUUGGAGUCUGCAAAAGACCAGAGACUGGGACAGAGAUUUAUCUUCCAACAAAACAAUGAUCCCAAACAUAAAGUAAAACCUACAAUAAAAUGGUUCACAAAUAAAUAUAUCCAGGUCUUAGAAUGGCCAAGUUAAAGUCCAGACCUGAAUCCAAUUGAGAAUCUGUGGAAGGAGCUGAAAACCGCUGUUCACAAGCGCUCUCCAUCCAACCUCACUGAGCUCCAGCUGUUUUGCAAGGAAGAAUGGGCAAGAAUUUCAGUCUCUCCAUGUGCAAAACUGAUAGACAUACCCCAUGCGACUUGCAGCAGUAAUCGCAGCAAAAGGUGGCGCUACAAAGUCUUAACGCAAGGGGGCCACAUAAUAUUGCACGCCCCACUUUGCCAUUUAAAAAAACAAAAAAAGUUUACAAUAUCCAAUAAAUUUUGUUCCACCUCAUGAUUGUGCCCCACUUGUUGAUUCUUCACAAAAUAAUAAAAAUUUUACAUUUUUAUGUUUGAAGCCUGAAAAGUGGCAAAAGGUUGAAAAGUUUAAGGGGGCCGAAUACUUUCACAAGGCAUAUAUGUCAUACAUGAAUGUAUAAAAUUCUGCUGAAGAAAUGUGUAUCAGCUCGUACAAAAAUUGCAGCACCUGUAUCCAUCAUGUAAGAAAUGUUCUAUUUCGCUUCAUGAAGUCUACUUUGUUCCUGGCAUCAAUACCACAUGAACAAAAUUGCUUUAAUAUUUCUUAGCCAUAGUAAUCCAUAUUCACAAAAUGAAAAUGUUCAAAAUUAUUUUAUCUCUCUUUCAAAUAUGAUUUACUGUACUUGUUAAUUAUCAAUUAGCACAGGAGUGCUAAUUGCAUAUUUAGAUAAACCCCUAACACGCCUAAAUCAAGCGCCUGAAUUCCCUUGUCAGUCAGCCAGCUCUGGUGGAGGCCUGCUAACCAGCCAGUCAUUGAUUCAGGAGGCUGGAGCGGAGAGUCCCUGAAGGAGCAGAAUAGAAGAAGAUUUCAUCUGAAAAGCUGGAGGUAGUCAAAUCCUUGAUAUUGCACAGAUUGCAACUAAUGUUUUCUGUGCCUUUUAAUAAUGACACUCCCUCUUCCUUCAUGCAAAUUGCGAGGUACAAUUGUCAAAUUAACCUUAAUUGAGCUGUCCAGCAGUCAUUAGAUGUAUGUGUGUGUUGGAAAUAUUGAAAUGCAAUGCAGGAGCUCUGAUUAAAAAAACAUGGUCGUUUA